AUGGAGCAACCAUCACACUUUCUCAAUCAACUAGAAACCUUUAUCUUGAGAUUAAAGAGAAAGAGAAUUACAGGUUCAUUCUCUGUAUCACUCUCAACUGCUGAGAUUCUCAGACAAUAUAUAUCUACCACUAAAUGGAGUAAUGCAAAGCAUCUCAUUGACAAUAUCAAACAGAUGGGAAAGAGAUUAAUCGAAACUCAACCAUUGGAAUUUUGUAUUGGUAAUAUCAUCAGAAGAGUAUUAUUCAUCAUCAGAGAAGAGUAUUUGGCAUUAAGAGUCGAAGAAGAAGAAAAUCCAACCAUUAAAUUAGAUUCAUCAAGAAAUAACUUAUUGACAUAUGAAGAACCAAUGGACGACUAUUCAGAGUCAUUCCAAGGAUUAAAGAGUUCGAUUCUAGAUACCAUGGGUGAAAUGAUCGAUGAAUUAAAAGGAUUAUACAAGAGUGUUGCUGGUCAAUACAAAGAUCAUAUUCAUGCAAAUGAAGUAAUUAUGACAUUGGGAUCAUCAAGAACGGUUGAAGAAUUCUUAAAGGAAGCAGGAAAGAAGAGAAAGUUUGGAGUUAUUGUUGUCGAGACUGCUCCAUCUUUGGAAGGACACCAAACAGCAUUGGCAUUGUCAAAAUGUGGUAUAGAUACAACAUUGAUUCCAGAUAGUUCGAUUUUUGCUAUGAUGUCUCGUGUCAACAAAGUGAUCAUUGGAACACAUGCAGUUAUGGCCAACGGUGGUUUGAUUGCUGCCUCUGGUACUCACAUGUUGGCUGUUGCCGCCAAAUACCACUCUGUCCCAGUGAUGGUAUGCACUGGUCUCUACAAACUCUGUCCACUCUAUGCCUACGAUCAAGACACUUACAAUGAUUUUGGUAGUCCCGCUGCCUACUUGAAAUUCAAGGAAGCUGAAUUCCUUGAAGAUGUUCAUAGUUAUAAUCCAAACUUUGAUUAUAUUCCACCUGAUCUUGUUAGUUUAUUUGUUACUAAUAGUGGAGGACAUAACCCAUCAUAUAUUUACCGUUUAUUACAAGAAUAUUAUCAUCCAGAGGAUACAUUUGAAGAAGAAAAGGAUGAUUAA